AUGGCCACCACAACCGCCAAACCCUCGACCCUCCCGACUCCACCUCCCCCACCCCAAAAGAAAGAGAAACCCUCCCCCCUCCGCUCCAUAAUAGCAGGCAGCACGGCCGGCGCCGUCGAAAUCGCCAUAACCUACCCAGCCGAAUUCGCCAAAACCCGCACGCAACUAAACCAACGCCUGCCGUCGGGCCAAAAACUCCCCUUCCCGCCCUUCGGCGCGCAAUGGUACGCCGGAUGCACAACGCUCAUAAUCGGGAACAGCAUCAAAGCCGGCGUGCGGUUCGUCGCGUUUGAUCAGUACAAAUCGUUGUUGAGCGAUGCGGAGGGGAAUAUCAGCGGGCCCAUGACGGUCGUGAGCGGGUUCCUCGCGGGCGCGACGGAGAGUUUGCUUGCGGUGACGCCGUUUGAGAGUAUCAAGACGCAGUUGAUUGAUGAUCGGAAGAGGGAGAAGCCGAGGAUGAAGGGGUUCUUGCACGGGAGUGGAGUGAUCUUUCGGGAACAAGGGCUAAGGGGGUUCUUCAAGGGCUUCGUUCCUACGACCGCGCGGCAGGCUGCCAACUCUGCCGUGCGGUUUUCGUCGUACACCUCGCUGAAACAAGCCGCGCAGUCGUAUGUCGCUCCCGGCGAGAAACUCGGCACGCUCUCGACGUUCGCGAUAGGGGGUAUGGCAGGGAUAAUCACCGUGUACGCGACACAACCGAUCGAUACGGUCAAGACGAGGAUGCAGAGUAUAGAUUCCAAGGGACUGUACAAGAACAGCAUCGACUGCGCGGUCAAGAUUUUCAAGAACGAGGGCUUUUUCAAGCUGUGGAGUGGUGCGUUGCCGAGAUUGGGCAGGUUGGUGUUUAGUGGGGGCAUUGUGUUUGCUAUGUAUGAGAAGACGAUGGAUCUUUUGGAGAAGGUGGAUCCGGAGAAGAAGUAUGUGUGA